CGCAGAACGAUCAAUCAGACGGUUCCAUCGUUCCUUUUCGCCCAAAAUUAGCGAUGUACCCGAGAGUUAAAGCUAAAGACCAAACUGGUAAUUGCAAGCAAAGUGGUUAUUGUCUAAACUCGAGCUAUCUUCAAUCUCGUGCCUCUGAAAAUAAGCAAGAAGAAGAUUUGCAUCUAAUUGUGGCAAAAAUUCCUAAGAUAUACAUACCAAGUGUCCUCAUGUCCGAAAGUGAAUCCAAGGAAUUGAAAAAGCAUAUCAGAGGAGCUGAAAUCAAACUGAUACAGAACCCCAAAAUCAGUCCGGUUUUACGCCCUCGCGCUGUUGUAUCAAGUCCUGAUAAUGAUGCAAUGAUCGGAAGCAUAAACAAAAAACAAGAGAGGAAAGCUCAGAAGGGUUUAAAGAGUAAUGGUCAUGUCUCAAACAGAGUUUCCCAGCGUAAGAAUAUUGAUACCAAUGUGAAGAUUUCGCAUCGCACAGUCGCUACAAAAUCGGGAGCUAGUUCGAGGGAUCACAAAUGAUUAACUUGUUUGUUGAUGAUCUAAAAGAUUCCUUUACGGCUCUGUAAUAGCGGGCCUCAUGAGAUAAACCAUAUAUAUUGGGAAAAAUGAAACGGUAUAUCACUUAUUCACGCUAGUUUUGACAUUCAUCAUUUCACGACAUUUUCAUUUCACAUUUUUGAAAAUUUAUUCUACAAGGUAUAAUGAAAAUACAUUGCCU